AUGUGCAGACCUGCUCAGUGUUCAAUUUGCAAUAAAGCUUCAUGGUUCGGAUGUGGUUUACAUAUCCCAUCAGCAAUGUCCAACAGUCCAAAAGAAGAAUGGUGUACUUGUGUCAAUUCAGAUGGUGAAAGAGGUGAAUAUCCUCCAAAAGCUGGUACUGGUAAAGCUGCUUGA